AUGGGUACCGACAUUGUGCAGAGGUAUGGUCCCGGAAUGUCCUUCUAUCGCUCGCAGAUUAAGCCGAGUCGACCAAAGAUAAGACUAGAAGAUGCUGCCCUCAAGGAGUAUUGUGCGGCUUUGAGAGAAUUAACGAUCACGAAUAAACUGCUCGAAAAAAAGGUGAAGCAACUUUGCUCAGAGAGUGUUCAACUCAACCUUGAUGUAGCGAUUGCCAAGCAGUACAUGAGUACUUUCCACGGGGAACUUCUUGUGACAUGGCAGGCAGACACCCUCGCCCGACUAAUUGAAGUUAUCUACGAGAGACACGGUUGGAGAAUGCCUGGGGAAAUCCUCGUCGGUGACCACGAUAACCUGGAUCGAGAUACGCUUUCGAAGGUAUAUGUGAUGGCAGCAAAGAAAAUCAAGAAGGAGACUGUCACAAAAAAAGCAGUUGGCCUCUCAGAGCCGUACUAUCUUGCUCUGCAGCGGUUCGAGAAGGUUGUGCAUCUGCGUAGCACGGGUUCCUUUCGGACAGAAUCCAAUUUUGCCCGGUGGCUGAUGUCGGAAAAGUCAAACCGACCAGGGAUGUACCGUUUCUGGGCGAAGCUGUUUCCUGUGUGCUAUAGUCGGACCAUCCAGGAGAGCUCUGGCAUGCUCUGA